ACAAGAGAUUUGAUAGUAUGGGCUUUGUUCCCUUUGCUUAUCCAAACGAAUCAAACAAUGUCAAAUUGUCAACUGAUCUCAACAUUAAAAAGUGGAGAUAAAAUAGUAAUAAAAUCGUUAACUUUGCAUUUUCAGUUAACUUUAGUUUCAUUAAUUCUGCAAAACAUCGCUAGUGAUAAAUUUAUUCCAGAGUGAUUUCUUCCAUGAGUCAUUUAAAAUUAAAAUAAGUUUCCAUUUAAAAUGUCGGGCCGAGGGAAGAAAGCUGCGCCGCGAAAAAAGGCAAAUGGAUACAAAAUGCCUGCUCCUAUUCCCAUCGGAGAGGUAAUAUGUGACACCACGGCCAAGAAAAAAUGGAGGAUAGGUCCUUCUGUAGGCGUUGGGGGCUUUGGAGAGAUAUACGCUGCCUGCGAAGAUGGCUCUCCCAGGAAGAAUGCGAAUUACCCGUAUGUUGUCAAAAUCGAACCUCAUGAGAAUGGACCCUUGUUUGUUGAGAAACACUUUUACCUUAGAAAUGCCAACAAAGAUGAUAUUUCACAGUUUAUGAAGGAAAGGAAACUAACGAGCCUUGGAAUGCCGACUCAUUUUGGCAGCGGCUCUCACAUGUACAAAGGUGAAAAGUACAGGUACCUUAUAUUAGAAAGAUAUGGUAAAGACAUUUGGAGCAUUUUCCUGGAGAGUCAGAGGUUAUUCUCACCGACUGCAGUCUUCCAAUUAGGAUCACAAAUGCUAGACAUAUUAGAGUACAUACAUAAUCGGGGCUAUGUUCACGCUGACAUCAAAGGAGCUAAUAUUCUGAUGGGAUUGAAGAAAGGGAAAGAACACCAAGCUUACCUCGUAGACUUUGGAUUGGCUUCUCGGGUCAAUGACAAAGAGUUCAAACCAGACCCUAAAUCUGCCCAUAAUGGAACUAUUGAGUACACAAGUCGUGAUGCACACUUAGGUGUACCGACGAUGCGUGGUGAUCUAGAGAUUUUGGGCUACAACAUGCUGCAGUGGAUAACAGGGGAACUGCCAUGGGAAAAAUCAUUGAAAGAACCUCGUACUGUUCAAACAUUGAAAGAAGCCUUCAUGAAAAACGUGAAAGCCAACAUCACAAAACAGUACCAUGAUGUUCCCGAUGCUCUAAUAAAAUUCUUUGAGUACAUAAACACAUUGGAGCCCAAACAAAUACCAGAUUACGCGAAAUGUCGGCAACUCUUCGAAACUUACCUCAAAAAGGAAGGGAAAACAAAAACAAGUAAACUAGAAUUUACACCAAAGAAAAAACCGAAAACAAGAACACAAGACAGCGAGGACGACAGCCUCAAAGAGAACAAAGUGACUAAGCGGAGAGGCAAGCUCACCAAAGUCACCACUGAUACGGUUGCUGACGGACCAGAAAAAAUUACAAACAUCAGACAAACAAAAAGGAAAUCCACCGAACCUGCUUUAGUAGUCAAAGUUAAAAAGACCAGACUAGCGCCGAAGGCCACGCCUCCGACCAAGAAAAAUCACGCGAACAUCGCGACACAGACCUCCGUUGAAAAGGCUAAAGGCAGACAAGUCUCUUUCGACAGUCCAAUCAGUGAAGUGAUCGGUGAAAAAAGUUCAGUGAAUUCAAGUGGUGAUAUAUUUGAUGAUUCAUUCGUUAUUGAAGAGAGGAAGGUUAAACGUCCAAGGAAAGUAGUAACCGAUGAGCAUGUCACUAUUAAAAAGGUCGUUAGAAAGAGAGUUGUGAAGAAGGGCAGGUCCUGGAAGGACGCGCCUACCGUCGUCAACGGACGAUCGCCCCCCACAUAAACCACUCGUGUUGAAAGGGUUUUAGGGACAGUUUCAGAAAGACAACACCGAUGUGGUAUUUUUAUAUGAAGACAGAUAAUACUGAGUCAUGCUUAAGAAAUGUACAAGAGCAGAUUGUCACGUAACAUUGAACCAAAAAUUGUGCAUUUUUUUGAAAUGUCCUUAAAAUGUUAUCUUUUAUUACAUUGCAAUAUACAAAGUUAUUUGUUAAAAAUAAUAAUUAAUAAGACUUAAAUUUUUAAGUAUUAAAUACAACAUGUAAGAACCUUCACAUCUGUUUCUAACAAACCUAUACAGGAGACAGUUCCUGCUGCUACGAAUGUUGACUGUAGUUUUUCUCUUUGAUAUAAUGCAAUAGAAUAAUUACUCUGGAUUACUAAAGAUAUUUCUGGUAUGUGAGUCUACCAGAUAUUCAUAUCCCUUUUUUAAAACGUUAAUGUGUUGUUUGCUGUUAUGUAGCAUACAUAUCGUUGUUAGUAUAUUUCAUUUUAAUUAAGUUGUCAGUAUUUCGAAUGUUUGAAUUUAUGUUUUAAAUGAAAUGUUAUUGUAAUCUUUUGUGUACUUACUUUAUACAAAAAAAAAAUUGUUUUAAAUUCCUAGAAAAUAAAGUCUGAUGUACAUUAUCACAUCCCUUAUGUUAAAAAUUGUUUCGCUGCGUCACUUUGUAUCGUUUUUAACAUUAUUAACGCGUACUAGCAAUUUAAAUAAUGUUCACUAUAGACUUUAAUGAAUGCAAUGUCGGAUCUAGUUUUCGCAAAAGUAAUUUCUGUGUGUAAUUGUUUUGUGCUUUUUGUAUAUAUUUCCUGGUUCAACAAAAAAAAAUUAUAUCAUUUAAAAAAAUAUUGUUAUACUAAUUCAUUUUCAUGUAGCUACUAUAUCUGAGUCGACUAUUAUCAAAGCCGGCAAUGUGACUUUUGGACAAUUAUUGGUAAAUCAGAAAAACGAAUUAUUGACUUUGUAUUCCAUUGGCAGUCACAAAACUCUUCGGAACGACAUCUUAGAUAAAUAACAGGUUAACUAUUAACCUUUAUUUAAUGCAGGUUUUGAACCGUAUUCUUUGAAGGAGACGAUUAUAUUCAAAUCAAUCUGUAUUGACAUAUCAAUAACAUUUUUUUGUCCAAAUGCACAGAUUGCCACCUUUGAUAAUAGACGACUCAUCUUUAGUAUAGAGAUUUAGUGUUUUCAUUUCUGGAAUGUCACCAUUGUUGUCCGUUGACAGAAAUGUUUCGCUUAUGUUAGUAAUAUGUAUUUUUUUAAGUAAUUUGAAAUAGUGUAAACCACCACCGCAAUAAGAAUAGCACAAAUAACUUGUACCUUAAUAGUGCCAUUUCCAUAAAAUAAGAUUAAAAUUUACACCAAUGUUAGUGCAAUGUUAUCAAAUAGUUCAAUAAUCCAAAUAUAAAAUUGCACUUGUCAAAUAUAUAGCACUAACUUAUUGAUUAGCCUCUUUUUUAGCCUAGUUUUGUACAAGUGAAAGUCCUAGCUCAUAAAAACUAAGCUUUUAUUAGUACAACAUCUUUAUUUCCUCUAAAGACAUUUCAACACCGAAAACUGUGCCAAUAAAUAAUAAUUAACAUAACGGAAUUAAAAUUAUUAAUUAUAAACGAGUGAGCGUGUGUUAGUUUCUCGAGGAAAAUAUAUAAAUGAUUUUUGCUCAAUUCCCACUCAAAUAAGGCUGGUGAAUUAGAAUUAUAGCAUGAACACACGAAUUGUACAAAACUCCCAAGAUAAGUAACUCAACUUUUAACAUUGUAAGCCAACAUGAAAUAGUAAUCGAUCGAAAUUAAUUGUAAUAAUUUUUAAAUGAUUCAUUAUUAAAAUCAUUAUACUUUUUAAAUUGAAUGCAAAAAUUAAAGAAUUAUCUAUGUAAUUAGAAUAAAUUAUAUUAUAUUGUAUUUGUAUUGGAUGACGGUCGGCCUUUAAAAGCACUACGAGGAAAUAAACUUUAUAUUUAGAUAUUUUUUGAGGGCUAGUCUGAGUUUCUGCAAUGUUUAAUUACAUUACCAUCCCACCUCACAUUACACCGAAUAGGAAUAAAUUCUUCUAUACACAUAGUGAAUUUGUAAUCACCCGAGCCAAAUACGAACAUCCAAUCUCCAAGAUUUUUCUUUAUAAAUUCGUGGUUCUGUGGUUGUUCGUUCUCAUUCACCCAUUCAUGUUUUGUCCAAUUGUUAUUCAUAAUUAUUUUCGUUAACUUAUUAAUUUGAUUAUUACUUUAGGGUACUGGCGUGUACUCGGUUACGAUGAUCGCAUGCAUGAAUUUUGUAUAAUUGAUUAUAAGUUUGUUAAUAUAAUGCGAAAUAAUAAUAAAAAAUAUUUCAAUAUAGA